GUGUUGACGAAACGACGGCGCAAUGGCCAAGUUCACCGCGACCGCGACCGCACUGCUGAUGCUGCCGGCUGUCCUGGCCGCCGGUCAAACCCCGGGGCUGUUCUCGUCUUAUGUGUCUCUGUCGAUUGAGCUCAUCGGAUUCCCGCAGUGGGCUGGCACAAAGGACAACCGAAACGAAUUCUCCAACAAUCUGAUUGACAACCUCGUCAAGGCACAAGAGAGUCCCCUGGUGGUUCGUGUCGGUGGAAACUCCGCUGAUCGCGCCAUCUUCGAUGCCUCCCUCACCACACCAACAGCAGGGAGCUGCAAGAAUGCCGACCCCGGCGCAUGGCAGUGCAUCGGCCCCAGCUUCUUUGACUCGUACGGCGCACUGCCCGCGGGCACGCGCUACUCCCACGGCUUCAACCUCGCGACGUGGAACUCGUCGGGCUUCAACACGCUGCGGGAGACGGUGCCCCUGGCCUGCAGGGCUCUGCGCGGGCAGCUCGCGUACUUUGAGGUUGGCAACGAGCCGGACCUGUACAUUGGCAGCAGACGGCCUCAGGACUAUUCCGUCGCGCAGUACGUCUCGGAAUGGUCCAACGCCACGGCGCGCUUCGAGGCGUACCUGCGUGAGGCGUGCCCCGAUCUAGUAGUAGCAGCGAGCGACAGCAACAGCAACAGCAACAGCAACAGCAACAACAACAACAUCAAGUACAUGUUCCCCUCGGUCAGCUCCCCUAGGUCUAAGCUCCGCGUGCCGGACAUAAUCAGCGCCGCCAACGCCGCCGCGGGGGGUCAUGAUGAUGAUGCUUCCAUCAGGCGCGUCACGCAGGUAUCGGUGCACAACUACAUGGGCGGCGCGACGCAGCCUGGCGUCACGCUCCAGGCCACGCUCAUGAACCACACGGCCGUCGCCGCGUCCAUCGGCCGGCACGUGGCGUACGCGGCAUCCAUCGGCGGCCUCACGCCCGCGGACUACGUCAUCGGCGAGCACAACAGCCUGUACGGCGGCGGCGCGGCCGGGCUGUCGGACGUGUUCGGCGCGGCGCUCUGGGGCAUGGAGUUUUCGCUGUGCGCCGCCUCCACGGGCGUCAUCAAGCGCCUGCACUUCCACCAGAGCGUGGGGUCGCCCUACGCCGCGUGGUCGCCCGUCGCGCCCCUGCAGACGAAGCCUCCUUACUACGGGAAGCUCGCGGCGGGGACGUUUCUCGCCGGCGCCGACGGGAUCCAGGUGAAGACGCUGGCGCUCGGGGGUGAUGCUGAUGAUGGUAGCGACAUCAGCAGCAGCAGCGGCAGCGACAAGGAUGUAGACUCUGCGUAUGGCGCCUACAUCAACGGCGAGCUGAGGCGCCUGGCAGUCCUGAACCUGCGCGAGCACGAUGACGGCUCUGCGUCGGCAACGCAGGGGAGCCGCCGCCGUGGGUCCAAGAAGCACACGAUCCGCGUUGCGCCGCGGUCGAACUGGGUGGUGAAGCGCCUGACUGCCCCCGGGGCGCGAGACCGAGGCAACAUUACCUUUAAUGGCUUUGCGUACGAGGCUGCCUCCAACGGCAAGCCGGUCAGGGUCGCCGGGAGGACGACGGACGAGCGGGUGAGGGCGGAUGGCAGGGGCGGUGUUUCGGUGACGGUGGCCGACUCGGAGGCUGUUGUGAUGAUCAGGACAUGAGGCACUCCAUUUGUGUUUUCAAUCUCAGUUUGAAUAAUGGUAUUUGUUGGUCCGUGUCUCGCGGGUCCAUGGAGGUUUUUCAGUACCUUGUCUGGUCUGCUGUCCGCGCUGUCGUGAU